AUGAGGAAGGGAGUUCUUGAAUGCAGUUCCCGCACAGAAUGCGGGGCCACGUGCGAGAGCUGCUUCAGCCAGGACUUCUGCAUCCAGUGCAAGAGGCGGUUUUUCCUGUACAAGGGGAAGUGUCUGCCCACCUGCCCGCUGGGCACCGUGGCCCAGCCCAGCACACGGGAGUGCCAGGAAGAAUGUGAGCUGGGCCCCUGGGGCAGCUGGAGCCCCUGCGUGCACAACGGCAAGACGUGCGGCUCGGCCUGGGGCCUGGAGACCCGGGUGCGGGAGGCUGGCAGGGCCGGGCGGGAGGAGGCGGCAAUCUGCCAGGUGCUGUCCGAGUCAAGGAAAUGUCCCAUCCAGAGGCCCUGCCCAGCAGAGAGGAACCCCAGCCAGAAGAAGGGCCGCAGAGACCGGCGUCCGCGUAAGGACAGGAGGCUGAACCGCACGCUGGACGUGAGGCCCCGCCCACCAGCCUGA